CAGCUCAAGGAAAAAUUGGAAAUUCGGAGGUGGCCACCACAAGCUCACAAAAGCUCUCACCUGCACCACAGCAGGUAAAGGCCAGGCCGCACCUCCAACGUAGAGAGGAAUUGCUCCCCACCCUGGUUUGACUACUGACUGGAAACAGCGGAGGAUUCAAAUCUUUACACUUUUUCCACCUUCACUUGCCUAUGUAAGUAGGCACAGAGUGUAUUUUGAGACGGGGGAAGAAAAAAAAAAGAGAAGAAAAGAAGGAUGUGGUUGUGUUUGCCGCUUAGAACACUGUAGGGCACGGGCUGCAAGAAAACGCUCUCAAGCUCUGCAGAACAGCCUGGACUGAAGCAAUGCUGCUGAUCUGCUUGCCAGGGUUCAGGAGUUGUCUGAAACAAUCCUAAAGCCACAGGAGAUCCCUUCAAAAAACCUUUUGAGGACAGAAAUUUUCCUCAGAAGACUGGAAAAGAGCAAACGUGGUACCUCUCUUGAGAAGGUGGAUAGGAAGGAGUUGGAAGAACUAGAUCUGCAAUCCUGGCUUUAGUAUUUGAAAGAAAUAUUGGAAUCACCCACCAAAGAAUCUGUAAGCAUGCAGAAUUCGAGUCAGUGGGCAGAAAUGACCAACAUCAGUGAGAAUUGCAGUUUUACAGCCAUUGACAGCUUGGCAUGGAGCGUGCAGCUGGGGCUCUCCAUCCCCACCUUCAUCCUCGGGAUGGUCCUCAACAGCCUGGCCCUGUCUGUGUUCUGCUGCUUUUGGAGAAAGCAGACCAAGACCUCGGUGUACAUGAUCAGCCUGGUGCUGGCAGACGUGCUGCUGCUCCUCUCGCUGCCACCAAAGCUGUACUACUCUGUCACCAGGGUGCCUGGGCUGCUGUGCUCCUUCAUACAGGCUCCUUACUUCGUCAACACCUACAUCAGCAUCUUCAUCAUUGUCUGCAUCACCGUGGACAGGUACAUCUGCAUAAGGCACCCCUUUGAAGGUCGAGCUAACCAGUCCCCCAGGUGGGCUGUGGUGAUCUGCUGCUUCAUCUGGGCAGCAGCUUGGAUCUGCAGCAUCCCAAUUUUCGUGUUUCAGAAGAAGGAGCCUAUUAAAUGCUUUCACAACAUGUCAGACCGGACGUGGAGUGUCCCCUUCAUUGUUUCUGUGGAAAUAUUUGGGUUUCUGAUCCCGCUUGCUGUGAUGGUUUUCUGCUCUGCUCAAACCAUCUGGAUUCUUCUGAAUCACAAAAAGCAUGACAAAAAAAUGAACGUGGAAGAGAGUGGCUCCUUGCGAGUCAUCGUCAUCAACCUGGUGGUGUUCCUGGUGUGCUUCACACCCGUCCACCUUGGGAUCCUCCUGCAGUGCCUGGUGAGGCAGCACGUGAUCGUGGGCUGCAGGAUGAAGCAGACCAUCAGCCUCUUCCUCCAGGUGUCCAUGACAUUUGCCAACCUGAACUGCUGCCUCGAUGCCAUCUUCUACUAUUUUGCUGCAAAGGAAUUCUGUAAGAAAACACACCUGAAGAGGGUCACUGAGCUGUGUCCUGUCUUUAACCCUUGUGCCAUGCGAUGGCACUGCCAGCAGUGGGAGAAUGCCCCUUGCCAGGACACUGACAGUGUUGUGCCUGACGUGGCAGGGACCCUGCCAUAAGGAGAAGGACAGUGUUUCCCCAGUGAAUGCAAACGUGUUCCAUAUUUUUCUUCCCUUUAAAGAUAAAGGAGAAAAAAAAGUUAGAUUAAGGAACCAGCAUUAAUAAAGUGACAGACUGACCCUGAAAGAAGCAUUAGCCUUGACAUUAUCUACCAAAUGUGAAAAGCUUGCCAGAGGAAAACUAGCCAGAUCAUGGGAAUGCCUUUUAACAGCAGCUUUGGUCAUAGCUGCAGCAUUUUUCCCUUUACAUAUGUGGUCAGAAAGGUGUUGCUAAGAGCAAAAACAGAAAUAACUGUUUAUAACAUUUCUAAUUUAGAAUGGAUCUUGGUAGUUAAAAAGCAGUAUCCAGCCAGAAGUCACUGCUGGAGCUCCUCUGCUUUGGGCAGCUUGGCCAGCCUGGGACAGCAGUGAAUCCUCCCUCCUGGAAGCAUCAUGGACUGUUCAGGACUGCUAGGAGGGACAGCAGUUUUUGCUCUUCAUGGAGGACUUGCUGCCCAGAAUAGAAAUCCAAGGGACUACCCCAGGCACCAGCCAUUCCUGAGCAACAAACUUUCCUGAUGACCUGUGCUGAGGAAUCAUCGUGGCUUUCUCCUGCAAUUUUAGAUCAGGUCUUGCCCAUGUAAAUCCAAACAACCUCUUCAAAUAUGAGAUUUAGAGAAAGACUGAAUAUGUUGAACUGUGUUUCUACAUCAGGGCCUUUCUAUCAAAGAUAGAUAACACAUGUAUUCUUCUGCCUGUCUUCUCGUUCUUUCUUGGACAGGGGAAUUAAGAAAGCAAGCCCUGCAUCACAGAAGAUGAGGGAGUGACUGAUAAUCUCCUGUCUCCCAGCUAGAAGACUGGACCAGCUCUAACCAGCUCAUUCCUUAGGGAAGUCCUUCCAGCUUGUACUGUGCCAUUCUCCAAAUGUCAUUGGGCUUGCCUGAACUCUUCAGGUCAGCACUUCUGGGUUGUCACCACCCUGAUGCCAUUUGCAGUUUUGGCUCUGACUCGAUCUAAAGGUUUCUUUGUUGCAAUUUAAGCCAAGCAUUUCUUGAACCUUUAUCUGGGCAUGGUUGGUGCUUGUAGCCAGAAACACUUUCACAAAAAGAAAUAUUUUUCUUUGCCUUUCUAAAAAGAGAUGUGAAAAUAGUCUAAGACUGCUGGUAGUCAAGUCUCUGGGGCAGAUAUUCCACUUAUUCAAAAUGUGAAAAGAAAUUACCUUCUCUCAGUAGCAAAUUAAAAAAGAAAGGGGACCAGUUUUGAAAAUACAAUUUGUUGUCCAUCAAUUUCCAUAGAAAUUAUUGACUGUGCAAAUAGGCAGCUGCACAUGUCUUAUAGUGGACCUAAUAUAUGAACAUUUUAAAACUUGUUAGUACUAAAACUAUGACCACAGCUGAGGUGAAAAAAUAUUUUUAGCAUAAUCUUCACUGUUUUCCAAAAAGGAGCAAGAGGAAGAGCUUUCCAAAAGAAUAGCUUUUCCAAACAUUAUUGAGUGCCUCCAUCACUCAGAAACUUACAGAUUUUCAAUAUGGGUCAACCUUUCUUCUUUGCACAUUUCACAUUACUUUGCAUACAAAAUAUGUGUGUGAGAAAUAAGUAGAUUUAUUAAAUAAACUGUACAUGAUUUGAAAAUACAUUUUAAUUUCCCAAUUUGACAGCAGUAUGUAAUUCUUUUCUACCUGCACUAGCUGCCUAAAAAAUUACUCGGCAGCAGCACCUGUGACCCCUCGCACGAGGCUGGGAUUAUUAAAGUCAGGGCUAAUUAAGCUGCAAUAACGGGCAGUGGUGGGAGCCACUGCGAGCCACUGCUCUCAAGGCUCAGUGUGCUCCUGGCUGCAAACCCAGACUACAAAAUCUAGAAGUUAAACUGGGCUCUUUUCUUCCCAUUUAUUGCCAGCAGUGCCACUUCUUUGUUGGCCUAAAGUGUUUUUGUAUAUAAUUUCAUCGGUCUAAAUUUGCCUGUUGUAUAAGUAAAUGAGAGCAGCCUCGCUAAGCGUGCUUGAAAUUUGAGGAAUGAAAUGCAAAUGAAAUUAAGAGAAAGAAGGAAGAGAGCCCGGCUGUGUUGAUUUUGCAGGCUGUUACAGCAGUCAUGGUUUUUAGCACAAAAGAGCACAGGUCUUUUGAGCAAGAAGGUGUCACUUUCAAUUCACUGCUUUUCAAGAUGAACUUGCAUUCAAAUAAUACACUUAAGUCCUGCCUUGGACCUGCAGCUAAGAAUUCAUUUCUUUCUAAAUCAGGAUUUUACACACGGGCUCCUGUGGGAAAUCCACUGUUAACUGUGGAGCAUCUCCAGUUGGUUGUAUUUUUAUACCAGGACAAAGCAAUAAAAAUCCUUCUGCAGCUUGGAAGAUACAAAGCAAUUUUGAUGAUGAAUAAAACUGAAAAGCAUUUGACGUUUUAAAAACUGAAAUCUUCCUGAGCUGAUACACAUGUUCAGUGGAACAGAAGCAGUUUCUUCUCUCUUGGUGUUAUUUUUAAUACACAGAAAAGUGAUGGAAACCUGAAUGUGGACCCCUCACAUACUCAGGUCUCCUCCAUUGCCUCAGCAGUACUAUAAAGUCAAAGAAGCACUGUUUUAGUGGAAAAAAAAAAAAACCAAGUGCUAACCAGAAACACCAAAAACAAUGCCUUUAAAAAUUACAUUUUCAGUUCUGCCCUCUUAUGUGAAUUGGACAAAACCACGAUUGCACAAUUAACCACGGACCUUACAGAGGAGCUGUAUUUAACAUUAAUUUUUCUGGACACAGCUAUUUCAGGCCACAGGUGAGAAUAUUCACAGCACAAAAUUUGUUUUCCUCCCAUUAAACUUCUCCAACUGGGCUAAACCCCACAGGUGUCCACGGCAUAGAAGACAGCUGGUUUUUUUGAGGGCAUUUUUAUCAAUGGCAGAUUGCUCCAACAUUCUACAAUUAGCAUUUGUUCAACCACCAGUGUGAUUCCCCAAGCUGUAUUUUAUAGGCUCGUACAACUGAAAGACAGAAGAGCAUAAAAGUAGUUUGGACAAAAUCCCAACCCCCAAUUUAAACAAGCAAACAAAAACUCCCAGCAGACAAAACCACACAGGAUUUGUUCCCCAAAUUCUUUUCCUGUCUCUUUGCCUGCUGGGUUAUAUCAUCUUCAUUUCCCUACUUGAGCGCAGAACUCAGUGACACUCCACUAAUUUCUGCUGUUAUAAAAGUAGCAUCGAAACAAUGGCAGAAUUUUUGAAAAGUUCUGUUGCCCAAGAAGUCCUUUCUGAAAGAUUUUCAACAGCAACGAUAUCAAAAAAAAGGAAAUUCAACUGGUUAAAUAGCAAGUAGAAGGUCUAAUAUAUGAACUUUUUCUAGCCUUCAUAUAGUGAUGCAUGAUUUAUGAGCUUGAAGGCACCUGAGGGAGGUUCCAAGCCUAGAUCCAAGCACUGUUAGUGUCCUGCCUUCUCACAAGGGCCAGAGAUGGGCAUGGGCCCUGGAGAGUCAGUCCAACAUCUUUUCACUAUUAUUAAAUAUAUUCAUUAAAAAUAUAAACCAGACAAUUUUCCAUGUGAGGAUGAACAACCACAAAGAAAGCCAAAUAAAUGCCACUCUAGUAGUUUGUCAUAUCAAGUAAUUUCAAGUUUUCAGGAAACUUCAAAGUGAGAAGAGCAGCCAUCUCACUGCCUGAGGCAGCCUCUAGAACGUGACAAGAAGCUGAAAUGGGCUGGAAGAUUGAAACUGAUCUUCAGAGAGACCCAAACCUCCCAGGGUAUGUCACUCAGGGGUUAUUCUGCAACACCACAACUUAGCGUGCCUCAAACACACGCACACAACAGACAAACCCAGGCUACUCGAAGGUACAGACUGUGUCUGUCUCAACAAAGUGGUUUUGCUGAGGUUUUCUCCCUCACAUGAAUUUUCCACUUCAGACUAGUUGCUCUCUCUGAGUCUUGGGCACACUCUCCAUCCUUCCACCCAAACACGAGGAGAGGAGCCGAGCAGAGGCAGUAUCCUCUGAGGAGCUGGCAAGUCCAGCAGGGGAAAACAGAGCCCACCUCGCUCCUGAGGGGACUGUCACCUGCCCCGGGAGCCUGCAGGGACCUGCUCAGCACCGCAGUGGCAAAUGACAGCAGCCUGAAUCCCUCUGUGGAGCCAGGGGCACCGACAGACUUUGGCUGCCACGCACCGAAAGGCUUCCCAAGGACUUCCCACAAGGAAGAGGGGCAGAAACGUGCUUGCCCUGAGCAAACUGAAAAGAAACCUGCCUGUCUGUUAUUUACACAACAGCGCAGAUGGGAAAGCUGGCUUGGCUGGCUUUCCAAUUAGUGUGCUUGCUGGACAUGUAGAGAAACACAAACUCCACACACACUGCUCUGGCUGCUCUCCUGGCACUGCCAAAGUUCAGAGCCUGGAGAGAGCAGCCAAAGGCUCAGUUACCAAAAGAUGCAGCAACUUCUCUUGCUGUUCAGCUGCUGUGCAUGCAGGGGGGAGGAAGGCAGAGGAAGAGGAGCAGAGGAUGCCGCAGCAGAGCACAGAGGGUGAGCUGAGCCUGCUGUCAGGGAAAGCAUCUGCCUGGGCAGCCUGAGGUGGCUGCAGUCCAAAGACACAAACCUGCUCCCAGCAUAAAAGUCACAUGAGGUACAGAAAACCCCUCUUUGGCCCCUCUUCUUGCUCAGGGCAAGAUUUUGGGUAUCUCUCCAGAGGUGUCCCCAAGCUGCUCUGUGGCUGCGCCUGCCCAGCACUCUUAAAAUUUGUGCCUUUUGCCACUGCAUCUCACACUGUGGCUUUCUUCAGCUGCUUUUGUAAACUCCUUUUGUAAGCAGCUAAAACUAUUUCUGGUGUAAAGUUGUGUGGGAAACAGAAGAAACCAAAACCAAAAGCCACCUAUUUCUUUAAAGUUAUAUAACAUUAGACUAUGGAGAACAUUCCGUGAAGGCUCCCGUGCUGCUUCUGCACACAUAAUUGAAUGAUUUUCUCUCUGCAAGAAAGCUACUUGCAUUGGGAAACCACUCCUAGGAACUGAUUGCCACAAAAUGGCACUAUGCAAAGAGCUUUCACAGCUCUGUAACCUCAGUGUUAGCUCGAAAACUCCAGAGAAAUCAAGCUCACCCCUUCCACAUGGAUACGUCAGGUUCACGCAAGCUAUCUUCUAUCUUUUGAACAUCAGGCCACAGAGACUAAAGCAAGUGUUAGCACUGAAGCACACCUGAAAAGACUGAGAGUAGUUGUAUUUCCAGAGUGCCUUUCAUGUGAGGAAGUCAGAAUGACUGAAAGUGAGAUACGAUCCCCGCUGCCCAGGCGGCUCUCCAGCAAACACAGGAAGCAAAAAGGUGAGCCAGGUGGGCAGCAGCCAAGCAGCUGGUGUACUUCAGGCCCUGCACGGUGAUUUUGUGUUCCUGGAGUGGCACAGUUUAUUGCCUUUGGCCCUGCCAAAGGUUUUGCUGUCAUUUAUUUAAUUUUAGAAUAUAUAUAUAUAAAAUAAAAACCCAAACACUGGCAGUACUCACUGCAGCAUAUGGCAUGACAGAGGGCUCACCAGAGCCAAAUUCAUGGUGGACCUGUGGAUUUUUAAUUCAUUCUUCUUUUAAUCACUGUCAUUUCUGCCUCACCAAGAGGUCUUAGGAGCAGCACUGCUUUCUCCAGCACCCAUUGCUCCAAGGUGAGGACUCAUCCUGCCAAGAAUGAGCUCAGUAACUGAGUCAGACCUGCUGUACAUCUGUAAAGGGGCACCAGGAUGACAUCCACAUUGUCUCCUUUACACCACCUGACACACUUCACUGCAAAAACCCCUCAGGCAGCACCUGGCAGCCUUUCCUCACCCUGCCCGCUGUCCUUGCUCACGCUGCCUGGACUGAAGGUCACGGUGCUCACUCAUUUAAAGAUGAAAGGCAGAGCUGUGGGGAGGCAGGGCAUGCUUGCAGACCUCAUGAGAACUCUCAGAGCUUGCCCAGGGUGCAGGUGUUUUGAAACAAACACAUCCUACUAUUUAUCUUCUCCUCACCCCAGCUCGGUGCUUCUGCAAGUCUUCCACUGGCCAGGUUUUCAAGCCCCAUUUCUGGAGAUACAUGCAGUGGCCAGCUCCCUAUGGGGCAAAGAAUGUCCCAGAGGCAUGAGAAUGAGAUUUCCCAUGAGAAAUCCCAUCCACACAGCCACCUUGCAGCCUGCUCCGUGGCACCCAGCUCGUGCCCAGAGGUGCUGCCCAGGGCAGGCAGCUGCUGGAGAGCCAUUACCUCUGUGGGAGGUUUGAAAAAGCAGGUGGUUUUCCCCCACUUGCUGAAGCACAGCAGCUUCAAGGACAGUUGGAUUUCCACGUUUAAAAAAAUAGGGGAAAACACCUUCUUCUGUUCACAUUAAAGCUGUAGUCUACUCAUUCUAUUUUCAUAUUUCUGACACCUGGAAAAUCACACUUAUGAGUGAGAGAGGUUGUUAAUCUUCAUUCCAACCAAGAUGGAAUUCACCCAGUUCAGCACGUGGGUGAAGUCCAGUUGUAGUUCUGGGAACUGCAAACACCACGGAUGCCCACGAUCACCACAUCAAUCCAAACCCACCGUUUUCCCUUUUUAAAAGUGUGAUUUAAGGUAAACCCACGAGACAUUCCUGUGAAAGCUAAGAGAGAGAACAGAGAAACUCUGCAGGCUGUCUGGCCCUAUGAGCUAUAUAUUUUUAAAAGUCUAUGUUUUAUCUUUUGUGCAAUGUGCCGAAAUGAAACCCAAGUUUCAUUUUGGCACAGCAGUGCCAGUGCUCAGUGCCCCUCUCCAGCUUCCCGGAGGUGCUCUCUGCAGCUUUAUUUCACAGCUGCAUUUUGCCACUCUCUGAAGAGGGAAACAGCUGCUCCCACCCCAAGCAAUGCCCCCUCCUGCAGUGUCAAAUCCAGAAACAAGUGAGAGUCCCCCAGCAGACCCUGAAGAGCUUCUGGCAUCUGUAGCUAGAAACUCAAUAUUUUAACUUC